UUGCAGUCUGAAUGCAGUAAUCAUCAUCGUGCCCGAAGCGUAACCCGCCCCCUGACGUCACAGGUGCCUUAGCCCACUAGGAUUUAGCAGCUGCACAGCGAUGGAAACCAAAAGGGAACCAACCCAGCAAUCACCCGGAAGUUGUCGAUGUAGAGAGUGGAAGUCAGGUGAAACCAGGUAAAAAGCACAGAGCGGAAGUCAGGUGGAAGUUGAAACGCACAGCACGGAAGUCAGGUGGAAGUUGAAACGCACAGCAUGGAAGUUGGAACGCACAGUCCGAAAAUACGGUGGAACGCACAGGCCGGAAGUCAGCUGUUUCACUUUUCUGAGCGAGAAAGCGGAAGUAGAAGCGGUGCCCGAGAACUGCCUGCCGGAUUACACAGUUGUGAAGUAGACAUCCGGUGAGCAAGUUACACCCAGCAGCAGCCCUCUUGUGUCAGGAAGACUGAGCAGGACCCAGUGACCCAUCACGGAGCCUCCUCCUCAUUCACUGAUACAUGAGAGAUACAAUGACCAGAAGAUCCUGGAAAUCACCAACAAGAUCAUUCAGCUGCUGACUGGAGAGGUUACUAUAAGGUGUCGGGAUGUCCCUAUCUUUCUAUGCAUGGAGGAGUGAGAGUAUUUAGAGGAACACAAGGAUCUGUACAAGGAUGUGAUGAUGGAGAAUCACCAACUCCGUACGUCACUAGAUGAAUACAGUACCAGAGAAACACCAGAGAGUUGUCCCCUUCCACUUUAUUCACAGAAGGGAACAGAAGAGAAUCACAGGACCCCACAAGAGGAUCAGGGUGAUGACCUUACUGAUAUUAAGGUAGAAAAUACAGAAGGAGAAGAGACGUAUGUGAGGGGUGAUCAGCAGUGUAAGAAGGAGGAAAUCCCUGCAGAUAUCAGGACAUCAGGUGGAUCCAGUAAAAGAGAUUCCCCAGAGAGAUGUCCCCGUCCUCCUUAUUCACAGGAUUGUACAGAGGAGAAUCACAGGAUCCCACAGGAGGAUCAGUGUGAAGGUCUGGCUGAUAAUAAGGUAGAAGAUAUGGAAGAAGAAGAAAAGAUGUAUGUGAGGGGUGUUCAGCAGUGUAAGGAGGAGGAAAUCCCUACAGAUAUCUGCACAGAUGGACACUGCAAGAUGAAUAACUCAGAGGAACGUCUCUGUUUACCAGCAGAUGGUGACAUCAAAGAUGACAUCACACAACUUUCUCUAAGAGAAAACUCUGUUACUCCAAUGACAAAUUCAGUACUACUUAGUUCACAUAUGUCAUCUGUUUCCACUUAUCAUGAGGAAUCUUCCCCUGACAGUGUCACAUCUAUUACAACUCUUAAAGAAGAUAAGACAUUUUCCUGUUCUGUAGAUCAGACAUAUUUUACACAGAUCACAAAGCCUAUUACCCAUCAGCCAAGUAAUCCAAGUGAGAAUCCAUUUCUGUGUUCUGAGUGUGGGAAAUGUUUUACGCAGAAAGCACAUCUUGUUAUACAUAAUAGACUUCACACAGGUGAGAAGCCAUUCUCAUGCUCUGAGUGUGGGAAAUGUUUUACAUAUAAAUCACAACUUAUUACACAUAAUAGACUACCAUUUUCAUGUACUGAGUGUGGGAAAUGUUUUCCAAAGAAAGAACAUCUUGUCAUACAUCAGAGAAGUCACACGCGUGAGAAACAGUUUUCAUGUUCUAAGUGUGGGAAAUGUUUUACACAGAAAUCACAACUCGUUGCACAUGAGAGAAGACACACAGGUGAGAAACCAUUUCCAUGUUCUGAGUGUGGGAAAUGUUUUACACAGAAAUCACAUCUCGUUAUACAUGAGAGAAGUCACACAGGUGAGAAACCAUUUCCAUGUUCUGAGUGUGGGAAAUGUUUUGCACAGAAAUCAGAUCUUGUUGCACAUGAGAGAAGUCACACAGGUGAGAAACCAUUUCAAUGUUCUGAGUGUGGGAAAUGUUUUACACGGAAAUCACAUCUCGUUAUACAUGAGAGAAGUCACACAGGUGAGAAACCAUUUCCAUGUUCUGAGUGUGGGAAAUGUUUUGUACAGAAAUCAGAUCUUGUUGCACAUGAGAGAAGUCAUACAGGUGAGAAACCUUUUCCAUGUUCCGAGUGUGAGAAAUGUUUUAAACGGAAAUCGGAUCUUGUUACACAUGAGAGAAGUCACACAGGUGAGAAACCAUAUCAGUGUUCUGAGUGUGAGAAAUGUUUUUCACAGAAAUCUGCACUUGUUACACAUGAGAGACGUCACACAGGGGAGAAACCAUAUCAGUGUUCUGAGUGUGGGAAAGGUUUUUCACAGAAAUUUGCCCUUGUUACACAUGAGAGAUGUCACACAGGUGAGAAACCAUUUCUAUGUUCUGAGUGUGGGAAAUGUUUUACACAGAAAUCAGCUCUUCGUAAACACCUUAAAACUCACAUAGGAGAAAAGCUAUUUAAAUUAGGUGCUAAACAUAUGAAGCAUUAAUACUUUAAAUAUUGUGGAUGCGUUUAUAUGAAUUAUAAAAAAUAAAAAAAAAGACAAAUACUUUUACAGAGUGUAUACUCAAAGGUAUUUUGACAACACAUAAAUUACUUGGCAUAUGCAGAUUUUUACCAUAAGUGGAAUAUAUAUGAUCGAUAUCAAUAUAAGAUUACAGCAUCUCUCUUGUGUGGACUUUUUGUUUUUUUAAAUAGUGUUUUUAUUGAGAGAGGUAUAACAUAGUUACAAUCAUUUGACAGAGCUGUUUAUUAGGACAAGAACACAUGUUGACUAUCAAAGCAUAGUCAAUUGCAGUACGGUUAAUGUUAAACAUCAAUACAAAAUGCAUUGCGUCUGGAUUUAUCUUAUUAAUGCUUUGUCAUGAAAAUAAAUUUAUAUUGUAAUUGUA